AUGGCUGUUAAGAUCCCGAAAAUGGAAUCUAACGUGACACUAUAUAACGCCAGCUUCCUUGUACGAAAAGCAACAUCGAGCUUUACGAAUGUCACAGUACGAAACGUAAAUAUUGCCAGCAAUGCUUAUGAGUGGCGGUUCGUUCUACCACCAUACUUUCUUAUCUUCAUGCUGUCAAUAUCUGGGAACUGCCUCGUCAUAGCUACCCUAGCUAGCAACAGGCGGAUGAGGACAGUUACGAACGUGUAUUUACUAAAUUUGGCAAUAUCGGAUUUUCUGCUUGGAGUUUUCUGCCUCCCUUUCACGCUCGUGGGGCAAAUUUAUCGGAGGUUUCUGUUUGGCGCCGCACUUUGCAAACUCAUACCUUACUUACAAGCGGUUUCGGUAUCCGUGGACGUUUGGACGCUGGUAGCCAUUUCGCUAGAGAGGUACUUCGCGAUAUGCAGACCACUGAAAUCAAGAAAGUGGCAGACGCAGUGCCACGCAUACAAGAUGAUAGCAAUGGUCUGGGUUUUCUCCGUGGCGCUGAAUUCGCCGAUUCUAAUCGUCUCAACUCUACAACCAAUGAAAGGAAGCGCCUACAAAUGCAGAGAAGUUUGGACUGGCCUGGAACUGGAGAGGGCGUUUAAUCUGGGUCUGGACGCUGCUCUCCUGCUAAUUCCGUUCUUCAUCAUGUCCUUCGCGUAUUCCCUCAUAGUUAAGAAACUCUGGCGAGGGAUGAGGCACGAGAUACAACACAACUUCAAUUGGCAGAAACAUUUGUCGAGGGAAGAAUCUUGCAAGACCAAUCACUUACUUCCCACGACGCCUAUCUUACAAGGCAAUGCUGCAGAAAUGUGUUGCAGGAACGGAUGCACUGCAAAAAAGUCAACCAGGGAAAAUGAGGUGAAGCUGGAAGCUGAGAAAAAAACCCAAAAUUGCUGCAUACACAACGAGUUUGAGUUCAGACACGUGGUCAGAUCGACUCACAUAGAUAAAAGCAUCGAGGCAAAACGAAAGGUAAUCCGAAUGCUGUUUGUGAUCAUUUUGGAGUUCUUCGUAUGUUGGACUCCUCUGCAUGUCAUAAAUACGAUAUACCUCUUUUAUCCUGAGGAGUUGUACUACUACAUCGGGUCCAAGGGUAUCGUCUCCUUGCAGCUACUCGCGUACUGCUCAUCAUGCUGCAACCCCAUCACCUAUUGUUUCAUGAAUAGAAAAUUUCGCCAAGCUUUCAUCUGCCUCUUCAAGAAUUGCAAACUGUUGCGGUGCUGUUUCCCGCAGAGAGCAGAGAGUGGGAAGCAGGUGACCCCGCCGCCGUCGAGCCAGGAGGUCACGGCGUGCGUAAUCAGGGGCAGCCACACCGGACGCACAGAUAAACCGUAUGAAAAUGUGCUAGGAUAUUUCUAG